AUGUAUUCAUGGCUUCUGUUAGUCCGAGCCUCGGCGAUGGGCUGGACUCCACUUUUGAGUAGCUCCCUACAUCCCUUGUUACCUACUGAUGACAACAGGAAAAAUCCUGAAAAGAAAACGCGCAUCAAUGUCAGUGGCACAAUUUUCGAGACGUGGCAGUCGACCCUUGAUAGAUACCCAUUUACUCUACUAGGGUCAUCAGAACGAGAGUAUUUUUACAACGAAUUGACUGAAGAAUAUUUUUUUGACCGCGAUCCUCAGGUUUUUCGCUACAUUCUUAACUAUUAUCGAACGGGGCGACUCCACUUUCCUCGCAAUGAAUGUGUCUUUGUCUACGAAGAAGAGCUUAACUUUUUUGGAAUACGUCCUGACGCGUUGGAGAUUUGUUGUUAUGAAGACUUUAUGGAGAGGAAGAAGGAAGAUGCUGAUCGGUUUGUGGCAAAAAAGGAGGAGGAGCCAUUUGAUCGGUCGAAGAUACAUUCAUUUAGAGAACAGUUAUGGUUUGCGUUUGAAAAUCCACAUUCCACCAACCUUGGCCAAGUGCUGUACUACGUUUCUGGCUUUUUUAUUGCCCUCUCAGUUUUGGCAAACAUUGUUGAAACGGUUACAUGCUCAGCAUCGAAGGAGACUGGCCUGCCUGUGUCCUGUGGUGUUCAAUUCGAACAAGCAUUUUUCUGCGUUGACACAGGGUGUGUUCUGAUUUUUACCAUAGAAUAUUUUGCUCGCCUUUACGCCGCUCCCAAUCGCUGCAAAUUUGCUAAGUCAGCCAUGUCUAUCAUUGAUGUUGUCGCUGUCCUCCCAUACUACAUUGGCCUUUUUAUGACAACGAAUGUCUCCGGGUCUUUUACCACCCUAAGAGUCUUUCGCGUGUUUCGAAUUUUUAAGUUCUCGCGACAUAGUCAGGGUCUUCGAAUACUUGGUUAUACUCUCAAGUCGUGCGCUUCUGAACUCGGGUUCCUACUGUUCAGCAUGUCCAUGGCUAUUAUCAUAUUUGCAACCAUUAUGUAUUAUGCGGAGAAAUCGGAAAGCUCUCAAUUUACAAGUAUACCCACUGCAUCGUGGUAUACAAUUGUUACAAUGACCACAUUGGGGUACGUGGCUACCUUUUAUGAACUUUGUUACAGGGACAGAUUUAUUCAUUUUUAA